AACCUUAUUCAUUUUAUAAAACCGAGAAAACUCUUGACUACACUUGACUAAUAUCUGGAACGAAAACACGCCUUCACAAAGAGACAGCUUGAGACAGAGUGAGUCACUGACAGACACUGACAGACACAGAGUUCACAGUAGAUUUAACAGAGACGUGUUUAACAGUGCAGGACAAUCUGAACGCAGAAUGAUAAACACGUGAACCAGGAACAGAUUCACCAGAGCUACAGGUCAACUCACAGACACUCACCAGAGCUACAGGUCAACUCAGACACUCACCAGAGCUACAGGUCAACUCAGACACUCACCGACAGAUGACUCCUCUUCCUUCUCCACCUGUCCCCAAACCUCGAGCUCGUUACCAGAGGGAGAGUGUGUCCGCCUGCUCUCUGGAGAGAGAUGAAAAUCUUCAACCAGCUGUCGAAAAUAAUUUGAGCACAGAUGAAGUUCCUCGUCUUCCUCCCUCUGGUUUGGAUCGUGGCGUCGUCUUCCCGACUCUGGCCGGCGUCACUGACUUCAUCGCGGCAAACAUCCCUUCAUUGGCUGGAGUUGCUGCCGCCAUCGGGGGCUCCGCCCCCCCAGCACCCUCUCCCCCGCCUUCCAUAAACAGCAUGGCUAGCAGCAUCUCUGCCCACAUUCCUAGCUUAGCAGGCACUGCUAGCGCCAUGGCUAACCCAGCUACUGCUACGUCAAAUCCUGCGUCCUCCUCCACACCUGUACCUGCUGCUAACACAAGUGCUGCUAGCUUAGACAGCAUUGUUAGCUCAUUAGCAAACAUACCCUGUAUAUCUGGAAUUAUGGCUGACCCUGCUAUUAACCCUGCCCCUUCAGCCUCGCCCCCCUCUGCUGGUAAACCCCACCCCCCUUCACUGCAAAGGAUUGGAGUUGCUGGAGACCAUCACACAGAUAUUGGGGCACUGUCACAGUUGGUGAUGUCUACUUUAGACCAGACAGCAGGAGUCAAGUUACCACCAGCAGAGGAAGCUGCUGCAGAGCCCACAGAUGAAGGUUUAACUCGGUCUACUCUCGACGUCAGAAGUGAAACCUCGUAUGUCACUGUGUUGUCUUGUUGGGACACUGAGGAAGCUGACUCUGAGUCAUCCAAUGAGGAGGAAGAUACAGGAGUUAGCGCUGCCCCCUCUGGAGCUGAUGGACCAAUGGGAGGAGAUCCUGCUUCGCACUUGACUACAAACUCUCACAACAUCCCAACCAGUCCUCCAGGUGGUUUCAUCCCCACUAGGCCAGCCCCGCCCCCUCCUCGCCCUCCUGGCCAAUCAGAGAGGCCUGGAAAACAACUGAAAGAGAAGAUCCCAAGAGCGGCCACUAUUCGAGUGUCCAGGAAGAAGGUGGGCAGUGGGAACUCAACCCCACAGAGUGCUGUGGUCCGAUCCAGCUGGCUGGACGUCUGGAAGGGCUUCAGACAUAAUGUUUUGUGGGCCACAUUGGACGGACAGCAGAUGUCUUUGUGGAAGAAACGCACAGAUCGAUUCAGUGAGCUGCUGUUUCAUGUCUCCAGCAUCACCAAUGUGAAGAAACAAGACAAAGGACGAUUCUCAGUUUACUUCAGGAAGAAACAUUAUGACUUCAUGGCUUAUAGUGAAGAGGUUCAGGAUGGUUGGGUCACAUCUCUGCUGGCGUCCCGAGGCCAGCCAAGCCCCACCCCUGGUGAACUGCACGGACAAAUCACCAUUAAAGACCCACGGAGUCGUGCUUACGCUGCCCUCUGGGGUCACGACCUCUGGAUUUACCCCAACAAAGAGGGCUACCAGCUGGGCCUCGCCUCCUUCUCUGUCCCGCUGAACGUGGCCACAGUCAAAUCUACAGGAAAACACUCGUUUACCCUCAUCACUCCAUACAAGACCUUUAACCUGUCUGUUGAUUCAUCAAAGGACCUGUCCAUCUGGUUGGACAGUCUGUCCUCGUCUAUCCGCAGCGCUCUGUCCUGCAGCCAGGUGGUGAUGCGUCUCGUGGAAAACCCCUGCAACAAGUUGUGUGGUGACUGUGGCACAGCCAAUCCUGAGUGGGCGUCAGUCAACCUGCUGCUGGUCAUCUGCCAGGCGUGCGCAGGUCAGCAUCGGGCAUUGGGCAGUAGCCUGUCGAAAGUACGCAGUCUGAAGAUGGACAACAAGGUCUGGACUGAACCACUGUUACAGCUGUUUGUUACCCACGGUAACCGGCUGGCCAAUCAGGUGUGGGCUGCAGCAGUGCCGGCAGCAGAGCAGCUGCUUCCUGAGUCGCCAGAUGAGGAGAGGUCAAAGUUCAUCCAGGAUAAAUACGGCAGGGGGCGCUACAGACGAGUCCACCCCCUGACGUCGUCUCUGUCUUUGAUGGACCAGAGGCUGCGUGAGGUCGUCUGCAGUGAUGAUGUCGAGGAAACAAUGUUUUUGAUCUGCUCAGGAGUGAAGGUGCGUCAGUCAGACCUCCAGAGCCCCUCCCCCAUCCUCCUGGCUGAGAGGGCGGGUCAGGCUCUGCAGACCGAGCUGCUCCGACUCAACGAGUACACAGAGGUCCCGCCUCACAAGCCACAGUCUACCAAUAGGAGAAUUGAAUCUGCCUCCUCAGGUGAGGAAGAGGAGGAGCUUCAUGGGAAACUGGAGGAAGAUCGUUUCCUCUUCUCUGUAGAAAACGAUUCAGCAGCUUGUGACGUCCUAGACCUGCGAGAGGUUCUGUCAGUGUUUGUCAAGGACGGAGCUGCUCAUCAGUUCGAGAUGGUGACGUUGAGCGAUCAGCUGAUCUGUGCGGCCGAAGACAAAGAGACUCUGCUGACUCACCUGGUUCACAUACUGAAGGUGAUUCUCCCAGGGGGUGUGUCUUAUGCCGAGGUGGGCGGGGCGUCCGCAGUCAGCAAAGUGUGUGUGGUUAAAGUGGGCGGGGCCUCGAGUCAGUCUGAAGCCUGGUUGUUACUGUGGGAGGAUGGUGUCAGCAUUCACCCCGUCCACAAACACCCACAGCAGACUCUGAGGAUGGAACUAAGCGCGCUCAGUCACCACGAAAUAAACCCAUCUGAAAACAUCAUCACCAUGGAAACCAGAGACAGGGGCGUGUCUCUGCGUUUCGAGGAGCAGCACAGCUGUCAGUCCUGGUUCAACCACCUGCAGAGAGCCCUGACCAAUCAGAGCUCGGAUCCACACCGUCCCCCUGUAGCCAAUCAGAGCUCAGCUCGUCGGUCUCUGUACCCAGUGCUGGACGCAGGGUCGAGAGGUUCAGUACCGCCGGGCAUCGAACGCUGCAUCUCCCACAUCACAGCCCACGGUUUGAAGGUGGAGGGCGUGUACCGCCGCUGUGGCCUUGCUACCAAAGUGAACCGACUGGUGGAUGCUCUUAUGACAUCGCCGAGCACCGCCCUCCUGGAGAGCGAUGAGCAGGGCGUGUUGGACGCUGGCUCCGCCCUCAAACAAUAUGUCCGCCAGCAGCCGGGUCUAAUACCCGAUGUACAGCCGUGGCUUCAGGCCGCAGUGAUUUCAGAUCAACACUCCAGGUUUAAAGCGUAUCAACGGUUACUACGGCAACUUCCUGACAACAACCGAGCUACACUGGGCGCCCUGUUCGCACACUUCUACAUGGUGCAGGUUUUCUCUCCGGUGAACAAGAUGUCUGCUCAGAAUCUGGCUCUGGUUCUGGUCCCGUCUCUGUUUCAGACUCUGAACCAGGAUCUGCUCAGACUCACCAGAGAGUUUGUCAUCCACCACACGCUGCUGUUCCUGACACCAGACGAAGAGGAGGAGGAACAGAUCACGGUCUUCUGAUGGAAGAGGAGGAGGAGGAGGAGGAGGAGGAGAAGAAGACGGAGAGGGUGGAUUGAAGAGAAGUUUUUUCUCUCUGUAUUUUAAACUCAUUUCCUCUUUUUAUUUCUUUGACCUUUACAAACGUGAAAGUGAAAUGUUACGUUUUCAUGUUUAAAGCCUGAAUCUAAAGGGAAGUUGACCAAUCACUUUUAAAUGUUGUUUAUCACAAAGGAACUGGAUGAAGUUUUAUUCAAGCGCCCCCUACAGUGGGGUUUCUGUGAAUGUGACAAUCCAGUUUAAGGGUGUAGACAUGGAUACCACUUUGUUUUUAAUAUUAAAUCAAUAAUGAUGCUCACGUGUCUGGUUGGAUUCCCAAUGUGAACAUGGCUCCCACAGUGCCGCUGAGCCAGGCAUCUAAUCCCUGGAUCAGGGUGUAACACACAGCAGCUGUGUGUUAUCACUUCUCUUCACAGAUCAUGUGUGUGGAUAAUAUAACAAAUCAUGAAAUUAAAAUAUGUAAAUUUCA